UCUAUACCGGCAGUGAUCAGAUGAGCGAAGAUUGCCUGUACCUGAACAUCUGGACUCCUACCUACGGCGAUGACGAAGACAUCAAAUCUAAGAAUCUCCCUGUCUACUAUUGGAUUUAUGGAGGUCGUUAUGAAAUGGGCUCUGGCGACGUUAAGACAUACGAUGGAUCCGGACUAGCGAUCAAGGACGUCAUUGUCGUCACCGUGAAUUAUCGAGUCGGUGCUUUUGGAUAUUUCGCUCACCCUGAGCUCUCGGCCGAAUCGCCUCAUAACAGCUCCGGCAACUACGGUACUCUUGAUCAGAUUGCCGGUCUCAAGUGGGUCCAUGAAAAUAUUGCCAACUUUGGAGGUAAUCCAAACCAGAUUGUCACUGGUGGGCAAUCCGCUGGCUCGGCUAGUUCUCUGAUUAUGGCGUACAGUCCUCUCUCACGCGAUUACAUUGCUGGAGCUAUCUCUGAGAGUGGCGCGCUUUCUCCUCAUGAUCCCAACACUGCUAGUCUUGCUGUCAGCUACCGCAACAAAAAUGAGGCUGAGCUUUUCGGAGUCAAACUGUUCCGCGAGCUCAACAUCACUUCCCCAGCCCAGCUGCGCAACUUAUCCGUUGAUGCUCUUAACAACUUGGAUACCGAGAAUGAGGACCUACUGGUUGGAACUCAGUUCGUCAAUCUCGAUAUGGAGCCACCAGAGUGGCGUCCGGUUAUUGAUGGCUGGGUCCUAACGGAGAAAUACGGCCAACUACUCCGGGAUAACAAUCAUGCCGAUGUUCCCAUUAUGACCGGCUUUAACAAGGACGAAGGCAUAGAGGAUAUCAAUGCUACCUACUACAAGUCUCUCUACGGGGAGGUGUUUCAGAACUUCUCUACGGACUUCUUCGAGUUAUAUCCUGCUGAGAACGAUACACAGGCAACAGACAGCUCUAACACCUGGAAACGCGACAUGUCCCGUGUCACAUCCUGGAAGUAUGCUGCCGACUGGGUUGCCGGUGGUGCCAACACAAAUGUGUACACCUACUUCUUCACUCGCGCUCCUCAAGAGGAUCACUCGGGAGGUGCCUACCACGGCGCGGAGCUAUGGUACACCUUCAAUAACAUUCCUUACGCUGACUACACUGCCAACUUGACCUGGCCGGCGAAGGAUUACGCUAUUGCAGACCGCAUGUCUGAUUACUGGGUCAACUUUAUCAAGUCCGGUAAUCCAAAUGGACCUGGGCUCCCGAAAUGGGAACCAUCUACCCAAGAAGCCAAGAAGAUCAUGUACCUUGGUAACACUUGGGGCAUGCAAAGCAUUGCUCCUGAUGCUGUGGUCAGUUUCUUGAUGGAUUGGUUCAGCACUCUCUACGAAUGGUGAUUUACUGCUGAGCGGAGUGGUAUGGGAGGGGGAAAGGCCCCUCAUCCCUUGAUUAGCUUUUCGACAUAGGAACCGGUGUCUAGCGGCAUACGGCAGUCGAUGUCAUUACAGUUUUUGUAUUUCGAGGAUGUGUAGGAUUGCCUCAUGUCAUCUGUAUCAUCUGAACCACGCUUGGUCCGCUGUUUUCUAUACUACUCUAAUCCAGGUUUACGCGAAUCAGUUGAUUGGAAUCCGUCUUUUGCGC